UCUCCUUCCGUCUUUGGAAGUCCACCCUCUCGCCUAUAAGUCCACUUCAUGCACCGUCCUUAACCAUCGCCAUAUCGCCGUUCUACCAGCAGCUCCGUCAUCGGUAGCAAGGGAAAGAACGAGGUCUUCCGUUCCGGCAUAAUAGUCGUGCGAGUUGGCAGACGCGCGGUUGUGUCCUACGGAUUCUUUUAGCAUUCCCGAUAGAGACUCGCAGAUACUCGCGGUUUACGCGUUCAGUGCUGUGAUCAGUUCCUUCGCUCCUCGACCAAAAUGAAUGAAGAGUACGACGCGAUCGUGCUGGGUACCGGAUUGAAAGAAUGCAUACUCUCGGGUAUGCUGUCGGUUAGCGGGAAGAAAGUCCUCCACGUAGAUCGGAACAAAUAUUACGGUGGUGAAUCCGCCUCGAUCACUCCUCUGGAAGACCUGUUCGCGAAAUUCAAAGCCCCACCGCCGGACGACAUUUACGGUCGUGGCCGUGACUGGAACGUCGAUUUGAUCCCGAAGUUCCUGAUGGCAAACGGUUUGUUGGUGAAACUUUUGAUCCAUACCGGGGUAACACGAUACUUGGAGUUUAAAUGCGUGGAGGGCUCGUACGUCUACAAGUCCGGGAAGAUUUCCAAGGUGCCGAUUGAUCAACAGGAAGCGUUGUCCAGCGAUUUGAUGGGCAUUUUCGAGAAGAGACGCUUCCGCAAUUUCCUUAUGUGGGUGCAAAAUAUGCAGGAAGACGAUCCCAAGACUUGGGACAACUUCGACCCAUUCAACAAUAAUAUGAGUGCUCUCUACACUAAGUUUAAUCUCGAUAAAAACACUCAAGAUUUCACGGGCCACGCGUUAGCCCUUUAUAGGGAUGAUGAAUACAUAAGCCAAAGCGCAAUUACUACUAUAAGAAGGAUUAAACUGUAUAGCGAUAGUUUAGCACGUUACGGAAAGUCGCCAUAUCUUUAUCCUAUGUACGGUCUGGGCGAGCUUCCUCAGGGUUUCGCCCGCCUUAGCGCUAUCUACGGAGGAACCUAUAUGCUCGACAAACCGAUCGACGAAAUUGUAGUUAAAGAUGGAAAGGUCGUCGGUGUACGCUCUGGUGACGAAAUCGCCCAGUGCAAACAAGUAUUUUGUGAUCCCACAUACGUACCUGAUCGCGUGAGAAAAGUAGGUCAGGUCAUAAGAUGCAUUUGCCUGAUGGAUCACCCGAUAUCGAAUACGGGUGACGCGCUCUCGACGCAAAUUAUCAUCCCUCAAAAACAAGUUAAUCGCAAUUCCGAUAUUUACGUAUCUCUAGUAUCAUACACUCAUCAAGUAGCUGCUAAGGGGUGGUUCAUAGCUAUGGUAUCUACGACGGUCGAGACGACGAAUCCCGAGGCUGAGAUCAAACCCGGGUUAGAUCUUCUUGGUCCGAUCAGGCAAAAGUUCGUCUCGGUUUCCGAUUAUAUGGAACCGACGGAUAACGGUUUAGGGAGUCAGAUUUUUAUAUCGACGAGUUACGACGCCACGACGCAUUUCGAGACCACUUGUUUAGACGUUCUUGAUAUAUUUAAACGGGCCACCGGCGAGGAGUUUGAUUUUAACAAAGUGAAACAGGAUCUAGGCGACGAGGAUCAGUAACCGUAAGAUGAUCGCACGGUCACUGGUCGGUCUUGAGAACUAGUUCAUCCUGAAUUGAAAGAAUAAAAUGAGUGAGCAACGUAUUUUAAAUCGCGUACACCGACGUUGUAUCGGUGUGUUCAUCAGGAGUCUCAGAGCAGAUGCAAUCUCUCAUUGGACUCAUGCCUAAUCGUAGAUUCUCUUUGAUAGAGAACUUUUCCAAAAUGAAAACGCAGACAUUAUUCCACAUUUAAUUUUCAACGUUUGUCCAAAUCUCACGUUCGAUAUUUAAUUUUCAAAUUUAUCCAAAUCUCAUUCUACGAACUGCCCUUUUUACAUUCUUUCGGAAAGUACAAAACGUGUACGAACUUUUUCACACCGACAAAAUGACCUGAUGCCAGGACUUUUGUCAUUGGUCAUCUGGAUAAUUUGAAAAACCACGAAAUCCAAAUUACUGUAGAAUUUAAUUAUCAUGAGGUACAUCUGUGUAUUUGUCAUUGUCGUGUUUUAUUGGAACGAACAUGACGGUGUUGAUUAUUACGACUUUAUAAAUGUAUCAUAUUUUAACUAUCAAAUUAAACAGUAAGGAUAAUUGUUUAUUGAAAUUGUAAAUGUUAAAGAAAUCCUAUAGUUGUAUUGCUAAUUACAGUAGUCGAAAGGGCAUGCGUUACGGUAUGAGAUAAACAGAUAGAAGAUAAUUUAAGAAAGUGAAUUUCACACGCAAUUAUAUAAAAAUAGAACGCCGUGAUAUAGUAUUAGAAAAUAUAUCGUACUUCUGCACAUUUGAUUAUAAUAUUAUUUGAAAUUCCAACUACGUGUUAAGAAAAAGCACCCGGUAAAUAACCUUCUGGUAAAGAAAUGAUCAAAGUGGACUUGUGUUGAAAUAUUAGAAGGAACGAGCGGCCAAGCAUUUAAAUUUAAAUUAAAUGAAUAUAUAUAUGUAUAUGUAUAAAAAUCUACGUUCUCAUUACCUGAUGUAUAGGAGUGAGAAUAUAGAAGAGGAAUCGUUAAAAUAUUGUUAUUUUAUGUGAGCUUGAAAAUCUGAACAUUUUUUCGUCGUAAUAUUUAUAUGGAAACGCAUUAAUAAAAGACAAGUACGAGCACAGAUAUGCAUUCUUCAAAUUGCGAUACUUGUGCACUUGUGUGUGCGUGAAUGGGUUUCGUCAACGAAUGAUCGGCUACCUCUUAGGAUUUUUAUUUCGCUUGCAUUUCUGCUUAGAAACUAUAAGCGCACCGCGAAUUCGUAUCACAUGAAAUUUCUCGAACAAAAAGUACGUGAUUCUUUAUUAAUUUAAAAGGUAUUCACGUAACUGUAAUGUGAAAGCCGUAAGAAAUAAAUUAUACUAUACUAAUUUCA